UGAAAAUUGAAAUCAAAAUGGCAUCCAUACUGAAAUUUCUAGCGUGCUACAUCGCCCUUGUUUUGCUCUCAUCAGGCAAUUUACUUAGAGUCGAAUCUUGCACAUUUUACGUGACCAACAAGUGCCCCUUCCCCAUAUGGCCGGCCACCGCCCCUAACCAGGGCCACCCGGUCCUAGCCAACGGUGACUUCCACCUCCCGCCUGGACAGACCAAAAUGUUUCGGACCCCAGGCGACUGGUCGGGCCGAAUAUGGGCCCGAACAGGCUGCAUAUUCGGCCCGACCUCAAACCACGGGCCCGCGUGCGAGACGGGGGACUGUGGCAACCAGCUCGAGUGCGGGGGGCUCAUCGGGACCCCCCCAGCCACGCUGGUUGAGUUCACGAUCCAAGCUGACAAGAGAAAACCGAGCUUUUACGACGUGAGCCUGGUGGACGGGUACAACCUGCCAGUCCAAGUCUCCUCGAAGGGUCUGGACUAUAAAUGCACGAUUCCGAGCUGCGGACGGGACAUGAAGGUCACAUGCCCGAAGGAGCUCUCGGUUUACGGCCGCUCGGGAGAGGUUGUGGCGUGCAAGAGCGCGUGCCUAGCGUUCGGGCACGAUAUGUUCUGCUGCACAAACGAGUACGGGAGCCCGGACAAGUGUGGGCCCACCAAAUAUUCGAAGGUGUUCAAGGAUGCGUGCCCGAGAUACGUCAGCUACGCGUACGACAACCAGGGCACGAUGACGAGUUGCUGGUCGGACGAGUACAUGGUGACCUUUUGCCCGGGUAAAUGGGGCACGGAAUAUUCGUCUAAUUAGGUUUAAUUAGCAUAAACUUGUAUGAUAGAGAUAAAAUAAAAUCAACAUUGGUGUUGGGGAAUGAAUGUUGAUGUGAGGAGAUGUGAUUGUGCAUUUUCAUUUCAAUUGGUCGGUUAAUAAGAUAUUGUUUGUAUCGAGUGAAGAGAAGUUAUGACAUUUUGAUUUGCAUGAUUGGAAGGUUGAUGGUCAAUUAAUAAUGAGUUGAGC